AUGACGCCGCGCGCAGAAUCCUCCGGCAUCCUGCUUGCACCCUGCCACCUCGUGUUUUCGCUCAUCACAACCGUCGUCGCUGCCACCAUGGCGGUCCUCUCCAAGUCGCUCGGCACGCUUACCGCCGGCGCACUCAUGCUCGUCGCACUCGCCUCGCCCCGCAGCCAGCGCAUGCGCUUCUACCUCAACUCGCUCAUCUACAUCGCCGGCCUGGGCAUCUGCAGCUUUUGGGGCAUCGUCGUCUCGAUCGUCAUGUCGCUCAUCCCGGGACAGAGGCUCAACAUCAACCGCGUCGUCGCGAGGUCCUUCUGGCGUCUCGUCAGCCCCCUUGUCGGUGUCAGGUUCAUCGUCGAGGGCGAGGAGCAUUUCGAUCAAGCCAGACCCGCCGUUGUGGUGGGCAACCACCAAACUGCCAUGGACAUCCUCUAUCUCGGCCGCAUCUUCCCGGGGCAUGCGUCGAUUAUGGCCAAGAAGGAGCUGCAGUUCGCGCCGCUCUUGGGCCAGUUCAUGACGCUGUCCGGCGCCGUGUUUAUCAACCGCAAGAAUCUCAAGGACAGCAUCAAGGCGUUCAAGCAGGUGGGCGACACCAUGAACAAGAACAAGCUCAGUCUCUGGAUUUUCCCCGAAGGCACGCGAUCCGGCCUCGCCACCCCGGACCUGCUUCCGUUCAAAAAGGGCGCCUUCCAUCUGGCGAUCCAGGCGGGUGUUCCCGUCGUGCCGGUGGUGUGCGAGAACUACAACCGGAUCUUUGACUCCAAGUCGCGCUUCGAGAGCGGCACCAUCCGCAUCAAGGUGCUGCCUCCCAUCCCCACCUCGCACCUCACCGCCCAGGAUGCGGGCGAGCUGACCGAGACGGUGCGCGAAAAGAUGCUCGCCGCCCUCAGGCAGAUGGACCAAGAGCGCCAGCAGAACGACCUCAACCCCACGGACGACUACGACACCAAGCCCCACGGCCUCGUCGGAUUCCUCGCCCGAUUCCUAGGCUCGUCCCACGGAUUCAAAAAGAUCAACGCACAAGUCGAUCGCACCGAGCAAAAGCUCCGCCAAAAAGGUGACGGCUCCCAGGCCGACGACUACAACCUCGUCUCGGAAGCCCAAAAGUCCAAGUAA